AUGAGAAAAGGUGAAGAUAUCUUCCGAAAAGGAGUUAGUUGGGUUGCGGGUAGAGAUAGUGAGUUGAGUUUCUGGUAUGAUAAGUGGUGUAGUGUUAGGCCUAUUAGGAGCUUGGUGCAAGGUCCGUUGUCUGUAGAAGAGGAGAAGCUCGGAGUUAAGGAUGUAGUGUCAGCUAAUGGAUGGAAUUGGUCAAGAAUAUCCAUCCCUAUUCAAGAAAGUAUCAGCAACAUUUUAAUAGCCACUCCUGUUUCUCUUGCUGCAAAAGGACAAGAUAGACUAGCCUAUGGAAGUGGAGGUCUUAUCCGAAAUGGAGAGGAUGAAUGGGUUUGUGGUUAUGCUAGAAAGAUUGGCACCACAACGAGUUUUGCUGUAGAACUUUGGUGCCUCAGAGACGAAAUUCUUCAAUGUUUAAACCUCCAAUUACCUGCUAUUGAGAUUGAAAUUGAUGCUAAAUCUAUAGUUGAGUUGCUGAAUAAUCCAAGAGCUGCUGAAAGGGUUGUUUCUACCUUAGUGGAUGAUUGCAGGUACCUUAUUUCCCAACUUCCGCGAGUUCGUGUUAAGCACUGUGUUAGAGAGGCCAAUAGGUGUGCAGAUGUAUUGGCAAGGCUGGGUUCGAAGCAAGAAAAUGAUUUCCUUGUAUUUAGAAGUCCACCUGUGGAUGUUUGGGAUUUGCUCAAGGCUGAUGCCAACGGUCUGUACGUUAACAGAUUUUGUUCUGAGCUUAUUUUGGCUGGUUAG